UAUUAAACUGCCCCCGGAGAGAUCCUUAGCCGCUGCCACCGUUAUAAAGACCUGUUUUUGAGACGUUGAAUUGAACAAGCGCGCAUCAGAGCGCCAAAGACAUCUUUAGGUAUUUUUUCAUACAUUUUCAACAGGUGCAAAUCCUCAAGGCUAAAACGAUAUUAAUAAUUUAUCAAUUGGCCAUUUGGAUUGUAAGAUAUUUUCUCAGCAGUAUAUCAGAUCAAGGCUGUUGUCUGGUGGUAUAGGAGUGAGCUUUAGCCAUCGGAGCGGAGGGAGGACCAUGCUGUCUCUAAGCUGUGCAGACCCCUGGCCCGAGGGCUCGGUGGGGCUGGAGGAGGAAGUGGUGACUGCCGCUGCUCAUUCUGAGGAGCUGGACCUGGACGACAGCUCAGCCUCAGCAGGCUCCAGCAGCACUGGGGGCUCUGACAACCUGGAUGACAGCCUGACCAGCCUGCAGUGGCUGCAGGAGUUCUCUAUUCUCAAUGCCAAUGGGCCUCAACAGGCUCCUCUCUCCACUCACCACCAGCCUCACUUCUUCGGCCAUCAGCAGCUGGGCUCUGAGGCUCCCGCUUCCCCUCUGGCUGGUGACCCUGCAUCCAUAGGCAUGCCCCUCACCCCAGGCAAGCCCACAGCAGCAGCCUAUUGUAGGAUGCAGUCCCUGUCAGCCCUCCCUAGCCUGGUGGCCCAUGGUCACUGCCCCGAUGAGGUGGACUACAAGACAAACCCUCAUAUCAAACCCCCUUACUCCUACGCCACACUCAUCUGUAUGGCCAUGCAGGCCAGCAAGAAGACCAAGAUCACCCUCUCCUGCAUCUACAAGUGGAUCACUGACAACUUCUGCUACUUCCGCCAUGCUGACCCCACCUGGCAGAACUCCAUCCGGCACAACCUGUCUCUGAACAAGUGUUUCAUCAAGGUUCCGCGGCAGAAGGACGAGCCAGGGAAGGGGGGCUUCUGGAAGAUUGAUCCCCAGUACGCAGAGCGCCUCCUCAACGGGGCCUACAAGAAGAGGCGGAUGCCCCCUGUCCAGAUCAACCCUGCCCUGCAGAACAGGCUUAGGGCCAACCCCCAGCCCCUGCCCAGGGGCCUCUGUAACUCCACAGGCAGUCAGAGUGGGCUAUGUGUCAAUCCAGAGGCUCAGCAGCUCCUCAGAGAGUUUGAAGAGGCCACUGGAGCCGACCAGAACUGGGACCCCUGUCUGGCCGAAGGCACCAUGCUGGGGGCAUGGCCCAUAAGAAAGGGAGGCCCUGGACACAAGAGGAAACACCCACUGGGCUCCAGGACUGCCAUGGUCAAAGUCCCCCGGCACUCCAGCUCUCCUUUGCUGUCUUUGGAGGAGUAUAGGGAACUGGGCUCCCUGAAGGGGAACUUUGACUGGGACGCCCUCCUGGAUUCUGCACUGAGUGGGGAGCUGAGUCUGGACGGAGGAGGUCCACUGAGCCCCAUCCCCCAGGAGGAGGACCUGAUGGUGCGGGGCACCCACAUUUGCCCCCUUGAGGCCCCCGCGGGGACAGCAGACAGCAGCCACGUGCUGGCGGAGACCCAGAGGAGCAGCGGAGCAGACUUUGAGGAGACGUUCCUGGCCACAGCAUUCCUACAGAGCCCCUGGCCAGAGGAAGAGGAGCAGGGAUCUACCAACUUCCUGUGCAGCUCCACAGUCAACCUGGAGCAGCUCUUUGACCUGGGAGAUUCCCUCGGCGGUGACCUCAGCAGUAAGAUAGAGUAUCUUCUCUAAAGACAUGUUCACCAAUUCUUUGGCCUCCAAGACUCUUUGACUAUACUGACACUACUAUGAUGACACUACUAGAUUAUUGUUUAAAAAGAGAGGCACCACAUGAACUAAAUGGACCUUUUACACAUGCAUGUGUUUAAGAUUUCUAGAUUAUGUUUUUUGAAAUUGGUACAAUAAUGGAUGACAUCAUUAAUGCCUACAGAGCAAAAAUGCCACAAUGAACUGCAGUAUUCCAAACGAUUACUGGACAAAAACUAUAUCAAACCUACUGUUGGGACCAUGACUUUGGAUAAUAGACAUUAUCAAUAAGACUUCGCUCACAGAGAAACUAAAUAUUCCUGUCUGAGGACAGGAAAACCACCAAUAUGUCUUUGUUUACAUUCUGAAUAUAUAUGUGGUAUUGAAUGGAUUGCAGGUUGACGUGGAUAGAGGAAUUGUCAUGCAGGCACAAGGUGAGCAACAGAACAUUGGAAUCAACAUUUUAUAUAUUUUUUUUUAGCAUUAGAUGAAAUUACAAAGUAAGACUUUACAGUGACUGUACUCUUUGAAAGUUAUGGACAGUUUCGAGAUGCAAGGCCAACAGCUAAUGAUGAGUUGAGGUGUUGUACCUGACAGUGAUGCAACGUUUUAGCUGCUAAAGAAUAGGUGGUUUAGCAUGCUGAAUAUUUCAUAAAGGUUUAGAUGAAUCCACCUCACAGGGAAUACUAUUAUUUGUUGUGAAGAUCUCUUAUUAUUGUUGAGGAAUUAAAAUGAUCACAAUGCUGAUGCAUACUAAAAUCCCAGAGAAGGUUAUGGAAUGUAUGCAUCAGACUUCAGGAAUUUCAGUCCUGUACUGAAUUUUCUACUGAAAUCCUGAACGUCUGACUUUUAACGCUCUGUGGAUGCAUUUGGAUGAAAUUCUGAAACUAGUGUCUAUUUAAUAUCAAUAUACAAUAUCUGUAACUGAAGUGAAAGGAAUACUAUGAUGAUCAAUGAAGAUAUAUUUGCCAAAUUACUACUAAUUAGAAGAGUUUUUAGACUUAAAAUUGUUUUAUGUGUGGGGUUUUCUAUAAUGACUACUUUCUGAAUGCAUUCUUUGAAUAAUGAUCUUUUCACUUUAACUAAAUGUAUGCAGAACCAUUUUAAACGGGUUGUUUUUAGCAAGCUUAGGAUUGUCAUAUUAUCAGCAGAGAGUGUAAAUUUAUAUUUAAUAAUCAUUAAUUCAACUAAUUUCAGUGAGUUAACCAGUUACAGAGAGCAGUAGAGGACAGAUCUGGAUGUCGUAAAGACAAGUUCAUUCCAAUGCAGAAUAGCUCAAGGCAAGCUUCUCCUUUGCAAUGGUUUCAGUGGCUUGUCAAUGAAUACCCGACCUUCAGGUUAGAUGUGCAAAGAACAACACUUGGGACCAGAAGACCAGCAGUGUUAGAGGCUGGGUUUUCACCAAGGAAAGCUGAUGGAGGCCUUUUGGUCAACAGAAGGAGACAAUGCAAAAAUGAUGACAUAAACAAACAGGAAUUACAUGAACAAAUGUUGAGUUAUGAGAUACUCUCUUGUUUUGUUUCAAGUCAACCUUUACCUGGAAAUUGCUUUCUUUGUCUUUCCUCUGGUCUUACUAAACCCAAUCACAUGGUUUCAAGACAUGAGUGAGUGAGUCUUAAAGGUUGAUUGAUGGCACAAAAAAACAGUCAAUUUUGAAACAGACAUGGGGUGUACCUUUGGUGGUUAUGUUCGAAGUGUCAUUCUGGUCAUGCAUGCCGCGACCGACGUAGUUUGUUAGCUAAGAUAGCCACUUUAGCUAGCCAGUGACUUCUCCAGUGUGUUGAUGUCAUUUCACAGGAGUUGUGUUUGGAAAGAAGCUGUAGAGAUCGGUAAGAAAUGGCCCUUCUGUAGCCAAAUAUCUUAUUCAGAAAUUGUGGUUGUGUUUUUAAGCAUUAAAUGACCUAGUAUAAUGGCACAUUGAUCAGUUAUACAGUUUAAAGCCGCUAUUUUUGUGUUUUUGCCCAAAGUCGACCUUUAACAUGUAUAUUAAAAUGUGCUAAUAGUCGUCAUCUUGCAGAAUAACUACUCCUGGUUUAUUAGUGUUGUAAAUCCACCAUGAAGUCUAAAAGUGCAAUCAAUGUACAGUGAGUGAUACUUGGUCUAUUUUACAUUACAUUGAAGGGUAGUAAUGCAGUUUACUUAGUCAGACCCAGUUCAUGGUUUAAUGUGUGGUACGGUAUGAAUACAUUCUGAUGGAAGGAAACUCCUCCUUUAAAAGUGAAUUACCUACUAUAUUUUGUCAGUUGUGUAUUAGCUCUUCCAAAACAUUUGUCAUCCAAUUUGACCCAAUUGGCAUCAUACCUCAAUAUUUUUUAUAUUUUUUUAUGAAGAUAUGCAUUCAUGUGUGCAUUCAUUCUGUUUAUUUUUCUGUUUUUCCUUGACAAUAAAAAAACCCUUAAAACUUGAA